AACCUUCAUAUUUUAUUCUGCAACUCCAUAACAUUACAGCAAGAAUAAACAAAUUUUUAUUCCAUAAAAAUAAGAUAUUUUUAUUUGUAGCAGAACAAUAAUAUUGUUUAGCAAUUAUAGUACUAUUAUAAUUGUUAAACUAAUUAAAAAUUUAAGAACUGUCUUUGCAUACAGCAUGUGUUUGAUUGUUAAAUGAUUUGUUGAUACCAUGCCUACUUUAUUUAAUGGUGAUAAAUCCGAUUCUGAUGAAGAAUUGAAGAUCAACACGGAUUAUGCUAAAAAUUACAACAAUUGGAGACAGAAAGAAGAAUUUAAUAAAUUAAAAACAAAAUAUGGAAACGUUAGUGGAAGUGGAACAUCAGAUGAGGAUUCUGAUACUGAGAGCUCAUCUGAAGAGGAAGAGGAAGAAAAUGAAUUGACCCAGCAAUUUGAUAAAGAUUUCUAUAAAACAUUAGCUUAUUUAAAGCAGAAGGAUCCAAAAAUUUAUAAUCAAGAUGUAACAUUUUUUGAUGAUACUAAUAAAGCACAAGAAUUAUACAGUGAAAAGAAGAAGUACAAAACAAAGAAGGAGAAAGCUGUUUUCUUAAGAGACUAUGAACGAAAUAUUAUUGUAGAAAGAGAAGGAAAAUUUAGCGAUAGCGAGGAUGAAAGUACAUUGAAAAUGAAUGAGGAACAUAGUAGCAAAAUCACAUAUGCGCAAGAACAAAGGCAGUUGAAAGAAAGUUUUAAGAAUGCCUUGCACGAUGUUGAAGAAGAAGAAGACACAGAUUUAUUGAAGCCAAAAACUAAAUCUGAAAGUGAAAAACAAAAAGAAGAGCUAGAUUACAAGGAAUGGUUAAAAGGGCAAGAAACUGCCAUAGAUGAAAAUGAACAGAAGGUGCUUAAACCGUUGCGCGAUUUUUGGUCCAAUCCUAAUUUGGAUUCAAAUGAAAAAUUUCUAAGAGAUUAUAUACUAAAUAAUAAGUAUUUAGAUAACGAGUAUACUGGUCCAAAUGUGGACGAUGAACAUAUAGUUCACGAUAGCGAUGAAAAUUUAUCAGAAGACGAAAAGAAUAUUGUAGAACAAGAGGAAUUCGAACAUAAAUAUAAUUUUAGAUUUGAAGAACCUGAUCAGGAAUUCAUUAAAAGGUAUCCGCGUACUUUGGAAAAUUCUUUACGAAGAAAAGACACUCGUCGAGCGCAGAAGAGAGCGGAAGUAAAGAAGAGAAAGGAAGAAGAAAAGUUAAGAAAAAAGGAAGAACUGAAACAGUUAAAAGCAUUGAAGAGAAAAGAAAUCGAAGAGAAAAUAGAGAAAUUAAAAGAGAUCACAGGGAACGAUGAUAUACAGUUUAACGAUAUAGAUUUAGAGGGUGAUUUUGACCCAACUGAGCAUGAUCGAAAAAUGACACAGCUUUUCAACGAUGAUUAUUAUGCAGCUACCGAGGAAAAUAUUAAACCUGAAUUUCCGGAUAUCGACGAAGAACUGGAGAUCGAAAAUACGUGGGACGAUUACGAUCCUAAUACGGAUUAUUAUAACGAAGAAGAAUACGAAGGGCCACAUUGCGAAGAUGCAGAUUUUAAUAUGGAUGCCGAUUAUGAUCCAUCUAAAAGUGUCAAGGAAGAAGAAGAAGGUACAAAGAAAAGGAAACGUAGACGGAAAUCUAAAUUUGCUGAACUUAUAGCUAAAGAAAAGCCAAAAUUUGAUCCGAAAGUAUACCAGUCGUACGAAGAAUACUUUGACAAAUAUUAUUCCUUAGAUUAUGAAGAUAUGAUUGGUGAUAUACCGUGUAGAUUUAAGUAUAGGAAAGUUGUGCCAAAUGAUUAUGGUUUAAGUGUCGAAGAGAUAUUAGUAGCCGACGAUAAAGAAUUAAAUAAAUGGUGUUCACUAAAGAAAGCUUUACAACAUAAGCCAGAUCAUGCGGAGUUAAACGAUGUUCGAAUGUACAAAGAAAAGGCUAGGAAUGAGGCACUGAAGAAAAAAGUACUUCGAAGUUUAUACACUAAUCCGGAGGAUGAAGAAGAGACAGAUAAAAAAGAAAUUAUAGACAACCAGAAUAUCGCCGAAUCUACAGAAACGAAGAAGCGUCGAAGAAAGAAGAAGAAGAAGAAAGAAGAAGUUCAAAAUAAUUCAUCAAUUACUGAAACUGUAUCUGUAAAUGACAAAGAAUCCAGUGAAAGUAAAAAGAAAGUUAAGGUUAAUGCAAAUCAGAAGACAAGCAAGGAAUCAAAAGAAAGUUCAAAAACAGAGAAGCGAAAGCAACCGGAAGAACAGUCUGAACAGCCAUCAAAGAAGAAGCGUAAAAUCAAUAAUUCCAAAAAAUCUACUCCUAUUGUUGAGGAUAAACCACAAAAAGAACAAGGUCAAGAACCAGAUGAAUCGAAUGUCAAACAUCCAAAGAAAGAAAAAAUGAAAAAGAAGAUGAUAAAGAAGAAGACGUUAGGCAAAAUAAAGAAAAAAGGCGCUAAAAAUAAUAAUAUCAAUGGUGAUAUUACUUCAUUGAAUCCAGAGAGGUUGAAGAUGUACGGGAUAAAUCCAAAGAAAUUGAAGAAUAAAUUAAAAUAUGGAAAACAGCAGCAAUAGUUACGACAUAUUGUAAAUACAAUAUAAAUCUGUAUAUAUUAUUUGAUAUUAAAAUAGUUUGUCCUUCUGUU